AUGCUAUUUGACGGCUCCUUGGGGUACGGUGAGUAUACGGUAAGUAUCCGAACGCAACCGAUAGCGGAACGCGAGCUGUCGGAAGAAUUCCUUGAUGGACAGUUCGAUUACAGGCCGCUCGAACGACGACUUCUGGGUUGGACAGCGCGAACGUUGGCGAGACGAUGGACGAUGGACCGAUGCCACGGUACAACUUUCACAUCACCGAUUGCCGUUGCUGCAGGACGGACACCAUGGUACACAUGCGACCCCCUCGAGUGCCGAAUUUCACAUUGA